UUCUCAUGCAAAAUAAAGCCUGGUCUCAGCAGUGUUGUCAUUGCGACUUCUAUAAUGAAACAUCUCAUAUCAAAAAUACACAUUAACUCACUCACGUAUACGUUAGAGCCCAUCAAACCUCCAUCAAACAUGUUUUCUAAAAAGACACAAUUAGUUGAGCCAAAAGCCAGUCUUCUGACAGAGGAUGAGAAACGAGAAUUCAGAGGCAUCGACUUUCCUUUCGAGAACCUAGCCCUGGAGGGAGGCGGGAGUAAAGGCUUGUCGUACGUUGGAGUCGUGCGGGUAUUUGAGGAGUUGGGUCUAAUGAAGAACAUCAAACGAUUUGCAGGUAGCAGUGCUGGAAGUAUCAUUGCUACCUUUUUAGCUUUGGGGUGCGACUCGUACGAAAUACAGAAACUGCUGGACCCGAACUUCUCACCGUUAAUUUAUGAUGGUAGUUGGGGAUGGCUAGGGCAACUGGUAAAUCUAGUCCGUAAACUGGGCGCACAUCCGGGAAACAAGCUUAAGCACUGGAUAGCUAGCACGGUGCUCAUCAAGACCGGCAACAAAAACUAUACCUUCCGGCAGCUGUAUAAAGAGAGCGGUGUGGAGCUGUGCAUUGUGGGAGCUGAUUUGAAUAAGAUGGACGCCGUUUACUUCCAUGUUAAGACCACACCGGAUAUGCCUAUCUACCUCGCUGCCAGGGCUUCUGCCUCGAUCCCAGCUGUUUUAAGACCCGUUAAGUUUCGACAGAGUUUCUUCGUGGAUGGCGGUCUUCUUUGUAAUUAUCCGGUCCACGCUUUUGAUGGCUGGUAUUUAUCUAUGGACCCCAAGGAUAGUUACUUUGCUCGAUUUGGCGAUCUUACCAAUGCGAGUAAGAAAUGGGACAAGUCAGAACGCUUCGGAGAGUUAAAUGACAAGACACUUGGAAUACUUCUGUUCUCAACCAGCGAGCAGGACACGAUGAAAACGGUCCUUGACGAUAGGAUCGCAAAGUAUGGUGGGAAACCAGUCCCAACCCCAAGCACAAAACUUAGCAGGAAAAUGGCAAAGAAAAAUGAAAAAGUACAGAACUCAACGGAUGAUAUUAAAGAAGCAGUCAGCCGACUGAUGACAAUGUUGAACGGCGCUGAUGCCGAUAAGAGUGGUUCUAUUUCUAAAGAGGAGUUCAGGACAUCUUUCCAACAGAACAGAGGAAAAUUAACUGCUAAUGACAUUCGGUUACUCUUUGAGUGUGAGGACAACCCAGAUGCUAUUUUUGAUAUCAUCGACAGCGAUGGAAGUGGUGAGAGUUCGGAUUUCUCCCGCACCAUUGGUAUCAACACCAAGUAUUUGGAUGCUUUCGAUUGGGACAUGGAGAGAGCAGAUAAGAACUUUCUCAUAGAGUGUGGAAAGCAAGCAACUUUGAGCUACCUACGAGAGCACAUGUCUACCAGCAAACAACCCAAGGAACGUGAGAAACUUAUCACCGUUGAGACUCGUGAAACUGGUAUCGAAGCAAUAUUUGAAAAAAUGACAAAAUGAGUAAUCUGUACAUUAUGACGUCACACUCCGAAGCUCGUGAAUUACGCAAGAAAGCUACAUUAAGACUAUGACAAUCCACUUCUAAAUGCACCUUUUGACCUUAAUUUCAAGUGGAGCUACGCAGUCAAAUCCUACGUACAUACAUGCACUUAUAACAACAUAAAAUGCAAGAAACACAAACAACAAACACAACAGUGUACACCAUGCAGACUCUGGUAGCCCAAAUUUGGAGGCGGUUUUGGUUUCAAAUUUCUUGCUUUGGACUUGCUUUGGACCAUGAGGCCAACAGGUUUUUUUCCAUAAUCUUUGUAAAUCUUUU